AUGCGAAGUCGUCCGGCAGGCCUGCUGCAAUUCGUCGAUGAAUUAUGGAAAAACUUUUUCCUUUCUUUUCUUCAACGUGGCGCUUUCCUUCGAGCCGCUCUCUGGCCUCUGCACGUUAGGAAGUCCUCACGCCUUUACAUUCCUAACAAUUUAAUUACCGCAAUCUGUUUUCUCAAAAUAGAUCUCCAUGGAAUCGAUUUCGGAAUGUUUCAGACUGGAAUGUCCAUAGAGGAAGUGCCGGAAUGCCCGGCGACGUCAGAGGCCGACUUCACCACCGUCCAGUUCCUUUUCCGCGCCUACCUCAUGCCGCUCACCUACCUUUUCGGCAUCAUUUCAAAUGCUAUCAACGUGGUCGUUUUUUCUCAAAAAUCGGUAAGUUAAACCGAGAAAAUAAUUAGUUCAACCGAAGUUUUCUGUGGACUUAAAACUUUUUUCGCAUAUGAAACUGACGCUUGAUGAUAAGGAAAUCACGGCGCGUAAAAAGUUUAUAGUUAUAACUUUUUUUUUUCCUAAACUUACCUAAUAUUUCUGAGACUUCGCUCGUUUUUUUGAGACAUGUAAAAAAACCAUAGGAAAUCAAGUUUUAAUUUUUUUUUCUGAAGCUGUGUUCCAGUUUUUGCCAUCAAUAUUCGUAUUCAAUAAGACUGUGCACAAUUCCAUUAUUUUUUGCUUGUGAACCAUGUAACAUUUUAUUUUACUUCUGGUUUCCCAUCCCGUAAAAUUAAGAUAUUUUUCAGAUGCGCAGCCAGCCAGUGAAUUGGUUUUUUCUUGUUUUGUCGAUCAGCGACUUUAUCGUUCUUGUUUCUUCGUUCUUCGUUUUCUCGGCUCCUGUCUACGCAGAAUAUUCUCGAGAUUUCAGUUAGUUGCUCCAUGUGGACCUCUUUUCCAGAAUGGAAAAAUUCAGACUGGUCGAGGACCUCUGUAUAUUUACUCGUGUGGUUUUAUCCGUGGGCUCAAACUAGCCACACCAUGUCUGUUUACGUAACGAUUCUGGUGUCUGUACAUCGGUAUCUUGGCGUGUGCCAUCCUUUUUUGGUUUGCUCUCGGUGUCAAAAGUUUCUAAAGGAAGAAAGUUAAAGAUAAGAAGAAUAUCAAGUUCAACAGCCGUCAAAAUCGUUUUGAUCAGCGCAAUAAUCUUUGCAUUUUCUGUUCAACACGAGCCGUUGGUUCGAGCUCUUCGUCAAUUCUUGCUAUAGUGUUGCACACAAGAGGUGAGCACGCAAGGAAAAAAAAACUGAACAAAAGAAAGGUCGCCUUCCUCGUCCAGACCAGAGAUGUGUGACAAAUUCUUUCAAAGUAACCGAAAAUAUCCGAUCUUUUAAGUUACCAGCGGUUGGAAAAAAAAAUAGCAAGUAAUGCAAACUCUAAAUAAGUGGAAAUCACCCAUUUUUAGAGCAAAAUGUGCCUGUAGGGAUUUUUUUUUCAAUAAAUUAACUUUACAACUCUGACUCGAGUCAAAAGUGAAUAAUUUAUACUUUUCAAACACGACGGUUUUCCUACAUGAUUUGCGUGUUCAUGCAGCUAUCUGGUAAAGACUGAAUGCUAGCGAUGUACCUGAGCUUUCAUCAUAGUCUACAUCGGAACAGGAAUGAUUUAUUGAUUGAUUCAGAAAGUCUGCAGUCGUGAACCCGACGGCGUUGAUGCUGGACAGUACGUACACAGUCUUUUACCGUAACGGUGCCUACACUCUAGUAAUGUUUUUCCUACCUUUUGCCAUCCUUUCCUAUGUCAAUCUUCGGAUCAUUGCGACGCUGCAAAUGUCGCAUAAGUGAGUUCCAAUUAUCCAAAAUCCCUUCAAAAACGUACAAUUUGAAACCUCCCUCUUCGAAAGUUGAUUAACAAAAACCAACUUCGUGAUAUUUACAGUACUAAAAGAAAUGAGAGAAAAGCUUUUUGAUUAAAAAUUAAAUUUCUUGGGAGAUCGUUGAUUAGAAGUGUUUCCGUAGUUUCUCUUCACGAUCAAAGCCUAUUAAUUUCUUACAAAAGGGUUUAUAGUAAAUAUUGUGGUUAUAAAUUAGAAAUCCUUGCAAUCGACCUGUAAUCUCAAUAAAAACAAAGCUCUAAUCUGUUGAUUCUGAAAUUACUUUCUAUGAAGACUGAUCAUUACAAAGUUUAAUAAAUAUUUUGGCUCGGUGAGCAAAAUUAGUUUCAGCAUGCGCCGAGAAAUGACCAAGUGUCAGAGAAUCCGCCGUGAUCCGACGGCUCCGAGCGAGACGGUUAUCAUGAAGCAGGACGGCUGCACCGUCACCAGCAUCGAGAGCAGUGCCAACAGCAACGCGAACGGUACCGCUCGACUUUUCAAGAAAAACUAACCUGUGAGAUCAGACCGAAAAGAGAACGGAGUGACUGUGAUGCUGGUGGCUAUCACCACCGAGUUCUUGCUUUUCAACUUGCUUGCAUUUGCCACCAAUAUCAUCGAAUUGAUGAAAGACCAUUUGACUGAAUUCUUCGGGAGCGGUUAUUCCAAUGCGGAGACAUUGCUCGUUGAAGUCUCUUCCCUGUUCGUCAACUUUAAUGGCGCCUCUACAAUUGCCGUCUACCUUAUCUUCGGCAGCAAGUAUCGGGCUGUCUUUUCGAGGGUGAGCAAGAAGCAAAAGAAUUUGAAAUGA